AUGGUUGCGGAUGCCCUUGCCUACCACCCCACGGUGGCUCAUUAUUCUAGAUUUAUUGCUACUACCGUUGGCCGCGAUAAGGUCCUACGAACGUUGCAAUACUUUUCCCGCUUCCUCGCCUGGUACCUCCUCCGUACGAACAGAGCGCAGUCCACUAUAAACCCAUUUGAGGCUAUGAAAAAGCAGUUUGGCCUUACUCGGAAGCUUCUCCGUGUUGGCAAGAAUAUCGAGCACUUCAAGGCCGCUGCUAUUGCGCUCGAUUCCAAGCCUGGCGUUGCCGGUGCACCUGGAUCAGACCCGGUGCUUAAAUACCUGGCUGUAGGAAGACAACUGGGAUAUGGAGUCUAUCUCUCCUUUGAUAUGUUGACGUAUCUCGAUGCGGCGGGUAUUCGCAAGUUCGCAGCUGUUAAAAAACUUCAAGCUCACGCUCAGAAAGCAUGGUUGACUGGACUCCUGUGCAGCGCCAUUGCCGGUAUCUACUCCAUGUGGAGAUUGAGUGAGAUGGAGAAGAAGAUAAACAAAAAGGAUGGCGAGGGAGCUGUCGAAGGAAAGAAGAUUCAAAGGGAGCGUGCUACCGUCUCAACACAACUCUUUUCCGAUCUAUGCGAUCUUACUCUUCCACUCUCUAGUCUUGGAUAUGUCAACCUCGAUGAUGGCGUUCUUGGUAUUGCGGGAACCGUAAGCAGUUUGAUCGGACUUAACACCGCGUGGAAAAAGACCGCGUAG